GCGAUGCGUAGAAUUCACCGACAAGGAGCACGAAGAGGAAGCGAAGCACAAAGACAAGACAAGUCGAUUAACGAAAAUCUUUAGAAGCGAUUGCAAGAUGCAGAUUUUCGUGAAGACCCUGACCGGUAAGACCAUCACCCUGGAGGUGGAGCCCAGCGACACCAUUGAGAACGUCAAGGCCAAGAUCCAGGACAAAGAAGGCAUUCCCCCUGACCAGCAGAGGCUGAUCUUUGCUGGCAAACAGCUGGAAGAUGGCCGCACCCUGUCCGACUACAACAUCCAGAAGGAGUCCACCCUUCACCUGGUGUUGCGCCUCAGGGGUGGCAUGCAGAUUUUCGUGAAGACUCUGACCGGUAAGACCAUCACCCUGGAGGUGGAGCCCAGCGACACCAUUGAGAACGUCAAGGCCAAGAUCCAGGACAAAGAAGGCAUUCCCCCUGACCAGCAGAGGCUGAUCUUUGCUGGCAAACAGCUGGAAGAUGGCCGCACCCUGUCCGACUACAACAUCCAGAAGGAGUCCACCCUUCACCUGGUGUUGCGCCUCAGGGGUGGCAUGCAGAUUUUCGUGAAGACUCUGACCGGUAAGACCAUCACCCUGGAGGUGGAGCCCAGCGACACCAUUGAGAACGUCAAGGCCAAGAUCCAGGACAAAGAAGGCAUUCCCCCUGACCAGCAGAGGCUGAUCUUUGCUGGCAAACAGCUGGAAGAUGGCCGCACCCUGUCCGACUACAACAUCCAGAAGGAGUCCACCCUUCACCUGGUGUUGCGCCUCAGGGGUGGCAUGCAGAUUUUCGUGAAGACUCUGACCGGUAAGACCAUCACCCUGGAGGUGGAGCCCAGCGACACCAUUGAGAACGUCAAGGCCAAGAUCCAGGACAAAGAAGGCAUUCCCCCUGACCAGCAGAGGCUGAUCUUUGCUGGCAAACAGCUGGAAGAUGGCCGCACCCUGUCCGACUACAACAUCCAGAAGGAGUCCACCCUUCACCUGGUGUUGCGCCUCAGGGGCGGCAUGCAGAUUUUCGUGAAGACUCUGACCGGUAAGACCAUCACCCUGGAGGUGGAGCCCAGCGACACCAUUGAGAACGUCAAGGCCAAGAUCCAGGACAAAGAAGGCAUUCCCCCUGACCAGCAGAGGCUGAUCUUUGCUGGCAAACAGCUGGAAGAUGGCCGCACCCUGUCCGACUACAACAUCCAGAAGGAGUCCACCCUUCAUCUGGUGUUGCGCCUCAGGGGUGGCAUGCAGAUUUUCGUGAAGACCCUGACUGGCAAGACCAUCACCCUGGAGGUGGAGCCCAGCGACACCAUUGAGAACGUCAAGGCCAAGAUCCAGGACAAAGAAGGCAUUCCCCCUGACCAGCAGAGGCUGAUCUUUGCUGGCAAACAGCUGGAAGAUGGCCGCACCCUGUCCGACUACAACAUCCAGAAAGAGUCCACCCUUCACCUGGUGUUGCGCCUCAGGGGCGGCAUGCAGAUUUUCGUGAAGACUCUGACCGGUAAAACCAUCACCCUGGAGGUGGAGCCCAGCGACACCAUUGAGAACGUCAAGGCCAAGAUCCAGGACAAAGAAGGCAUUCCCCCUGACCAGCAGAGGCUGAUCUUUGCUGGCAAACAGCUGGAAGAUGGCCGCACCCUGUCUGACUACAACAUCCAGAAGGAGUCCACCCUUCACCUGGUGUUGCGCCUCAGAGGAGGAGUGUAACCAAUUAGACCCUUAUUGAGCAGUUGCAUAUGUUGCAUGGUUUUGGGUUCUUGUUUUUUUUUUUUUUUUAACUUAAGUUUAUGUAUUGAGAAUAUACAUUUAAUAUUUAAAACUAAGUGUUAUUGUGUUCAAAGGGUCACAAUCAAGCAAAUUGUUAAUAAAGUUCAUUUAUUAAAAUACA